UCAAAACGAAGGUGAAGCUUUGCGGCCAUGGCGAUAACAGGCGACUGUCGGCGGAGAAUGGGAUCACGUCCUCAACAACCAAGGUUCUCCAUGAACUCCUCCAGCUGGCAAUGGCGGUUCUAGGGUUUUUAUCGAUUGACUACAAUUUCCAGAGGAUUAAGACGUCAUUAGUGUCGACAAAUCCAGUCUGAUUAAACUAUCAAUCCAAGGCAUCGUCAAUGACAAAUCCUCCUCACCCACCUCCUCUCCAUUCCGAUCGAUGAUUGAUUGCACAGACCGACAGCACAAACGCAAGAUUUAUUCGAUGAAAUCAGAGUGCCUGCCCCCACCUCCAAAUUUCUUUCUCCAAAUAUAGGAUAUUGCUCAGGUCUGGUCUCCUGUCGUUUUCCAGAAUCUCCACAACCUACCAAUCCAUACAUACAAAAAAAAUAAGGAUCUGCAUUUUAUCCAGGCCUCUUCGUUUUGAGGUGGACACAUUUAGGGAUUUGAAUAUUUUGCAGUAAGUGGUAAGAAGGUGGAAGUGUGAAAAAUGGAGAAUUAUGAUGUACUUGAACAGAUUGGUAAAGGCUCGUUUGGUAGCGCGCUUUUAGUUCGGCAUAAACUGGAGAAAAAGAAGUAUGUUUUGAAGAAAAUUCGCCUUGCUCGUCAGACCGAUCGAACCCGAAGAUCUGCCCACCAGGAGAUGGAGCUUAUUUCUAAAGUUCGGAACCCAUACAUCGUUGAGUACAAAGAUUCUUGGGUCGAAAAGGGUUGUUUUGUUUGCAUUGUGAUCGGGUACUGCGAAGGCGGAGACAUGGCAGAAGCCAUCAAGAAAGCAAACGGAGUUCAUUUCUCCGAGGAGAAGCUCUGCAAGUGGUUGGUUCAACUUCUGAUGGCGCUCGAUUACUUGCAUGCUAACCACAUACUCCACCGUGAUGUCAAGUGCUCGAAUAUAUUUCUCAUGAAAAAUCAGGAUGUUCGAUUAGGGGAUUUUGGUCUUGCAAAAGUGUUGACGGACGAUGAUCUUGCAUCCUCUGUUGUGGGCACGCCGAGUUACAUGUGCCCCGAGCUUCUUGCUGAUAUACCUUACGGCUCCAAGUCGGAUAUCUGGUCAUUAGGUUGCUGUUUUUACGAAUUAGCCGCUCACAAGCCUGCAUUCAAAGCUUUUGAUAUACAAGGACUGAUCCACAAAAUAAAUAAAUCAAUAGUGUCUCCACUCCCUACGAUGUAUUCCAGUUCAUUUCGCAGGCUUGUCAAGAGUAUGCUCCGAAAGAAUCCCGAGCUUAGGCCCAGUGCUGCAGAUUUGCUUAGACAUCCCCAUCUUCGUCCCUACAUCUUGAACCUUCAGCUCGAGUGUAACAACCCGAGACGGCAUACCCCUCCGUCUCUACAAUCGGACGUCGAUUAUGACAAGAAAACAAGGUUUCUCGAACCCAAAGGCGCUAAGACUGAGAAAAGGUUGUCGUUUGGCAACAACCGGGCGUUGAAUCCGAGCAUAUCGGGAUAUGGAUUGGAUUCUCCGGGUUCUUCGCUGAGGGCUCAAGAAUCUCUCACGCAGUCGAACUACAACAGAUUCUCUGAUCUGUCUGUCGCCGAAGAUUUGGGCAUCAUGAAAAGGUUUACAAAAACGCCGAGAGUAACGUCAGCAAAGCCAUCUACGAACCUCCGGAGAAACUCAACUCCAUCGAGAAUAUCAAACCCCGGGUCGACACGCGAACUGCUUCCGGUGUCGCACACCCCGGCGAGAAAACCUUGCCAAUCGAACCGCCGCGCGUCUCUUCCGUUGCCUUCCCGAGCCGCCCCAUACAAGCCCCGAGCCGGUCCACUUGGCAGCACGGAUUCGCCGGAUGUUUCUGUCAAUGCUCCCAGAAUCGACAAGAUGUUCGAGUUCCCAUUAUCAUCUCUCGACAAUCCUCUGCAGCUGCCGAGCCGAAGAAAUUUGUUGGCGUCGCCUCAUUCCAUCACCAAAGACAAAUGCACAGUUCAGAUUCUGGACAGAACAUUUGCCAUUCCUCAGUCGGCUCACGGCAGCGAGUGCUCGGAGCUGAACAAUCCGGCCAGCGCCGGCGACGUGGGAUCGAGCCGUUCGUCGUCUGACUCCCAGCAACGCAGGUUCGACACCUCGUCGUACCAGCAGCGCGCUGAAGCGCUCGAGGGGUUGCUCGAGUUCAGCGCGCAGCUGCUGCAGCAGGAACGAUUCGACGAGCUUCAGGUGCUGCUGAAGCCGUUCGGACCGGAGAAGGUUUCGCCGCGGGAAACCGCCAUUUGGCUGACAAAGAGCUUCAAGGAGAACAUAGCUUGAGUGAAGAACAGCACACACAGCCAUGGUGAACUUUAUAUAUGAAUGAAGUCGUGGCUGCAGAGUUAACUAACUAACUGCCUGUAGGUUAUGCCAAAUGUUGAGGACACACACAUAUAUAUAUAUAGUAUGUAUGUAUGUGUGUGUGUGUAUGUAGUGUGUAGAUUUUGCUGAGAUUAAGCAGAUUAUGGAAUGGUGAGUAGAAUUUGGAGUAAUCCUAUGUAUGGAUGUUAUGCUUUUCUCUGAAAA